ACUGAGGUGUUGAUCCGUCUUUAUAGUUAAAAACACUAAAUAACUUUCAAUCGAGACAAAAAUACUGCGAGAAAAGAAUUCAAACUUAACGCGGCUACCCCAAAGUAUAAAGCCUUAAGGUGAAAACAAUUGGAAGUACCCAUGGUACGGAGUAGAAGUUAAGUGUGUGCGAAGCAAUGACUCCGAGGAGAGAAUUAUAACUUAACGUGGCUACCCCAAAGUAUAAAGCCCUAAGCUUACCGGCCUUCGUUUGGGCUGUAAAGUAAAGUGGCAAACUGAACAGACAGAGACGGAAAUCAUGUCUCCGUCAUCACAAGAGGUCUCCGCUCCGCGACGUACAAAAAACCGCUGGACUUGUGGACUCGACUACACAGCUCGCGGCGUGCUUCUAGCAGAGUGGGCGGGCACCGCACUGCUGGUGUUGUUAAGCUGUCUACCAGCAUGCGCCGGCGCGCCGCAGUAUGCGUGCGCAGGCGCCGCGGGUCUUGCUGUUGCACUCCUAGUUCAGUGCUUUGACCACAUCUCCGGCGCCAUGCUGAACCCAACCGUCCUCCUCGCAGCAAUGCUAUCGCGGCGCGUGGCGCCCGGGCUGGGCGCCGGCAUGUUCGGCGCGCAGCUGCUGGGCGCCACGACGGGCACCGGCCUGCUGCGGCUGCUGACGCCCCGGUCUGACGCCGCUGAUUUGUGUCUGACAUUGCCCGUGGAUACCUUAUCGGUGUACAAGGCGGUAUGUAUUGAGGCCGUACUGGGAGGGCUACUGGCGCUAGCCAACAUGGCGUCAUGGGACCCUCGCAAUCGACUGCUAGCCGACUCCUGGCCGCUACGAAUAGGUCUUAGCGUUGCUGGCCUAUCUAUUAUCGCGGGUCCACUGACGGGUGCCAGUAUGAACGCAGCGCGCAGCUUCGGGCCUGCACUAUGGAGUGUGAACUGGGAGCACCAUUGGAUAUAUUGGGUGGGUCCCCUAAGCGGUUCAUUCCUGUGCACGCUCUUGUACCGCCGCAUAUGGGCGGUUGACGGAAUGCCGCCGGCGCGCGCAGCGCCCGACGUCACCGUAGUGACCCAUUAUUCUGUGUGAAGACGAUUUUUAGGAUUUGAAUAAAAAUAAUUCUUUGGU